CCCUAAGCCCCAAAAAUCCAGCUUUCAGAAGCAACGCCGCCGCCGCCGCCGCCGCCGCCGCCGCCGCCGCCGCCGUCCAUGGCCGAUCUUCUUCCCCACUCUCACGCCCUCACCUUCUGCGGAGUCCUAUCAGAGUCCAGGCGCAUAAUCAACGCCCACUCCCGCCAUUUCCUAGCCCUAUCCGUCUUCUUCCUCCUGCCCCUCUCCUUCUCCCUCAUCAUCUACCCCACUCUCCACUCCGCUCUCUGCCGCCCGGACUCCAUCUCCUUCUACGCCAGCAGAUUCCUCCAAUCCGACCCGCCCCGAACCCGCCCCGACCCGGAUGGCGAUUCCCCGGUCUUCUUCAUCCUGCCCCUCGUCUACGCCCUGUUCGGUUUCCUCGUUCACCUGUUCGCCGUGACCGCGAUCUCCUACAGCACGUUCCACGGCUUCUACGGUAGACCCGUGAAACUCGUGUCUUCUUUCAAAUCACUCUUGUUCUCUUUCUUGCCCAUGAUUUCCACCUUCCUAGUCUCCAAACUCGUCCUUUUUUCAAUCGCUUUCCUCUUCUCUCUUCUAUGGCUGUCUGCUUUAAAAGGGCUCGAAUUGGCAGGAAUCGAAGUGGAUUACGACUCGAAUUACUUCUAUGCCGUGGCCAUCGUCUCCGCAGCUCUGGUUGGAGCUGUAAUGCUAUGGCUGCAAGUCACCUGGGUUCUUGCUCCAGUGACAGUGGUGGUUGAAUCAAGAUGGGGGUUCGGGCCGCUGAUGAGAAGCGCAAAUUUGGUGAAGGGAAUGAAAGGGGUAGCAUUGUCACUGUUGCUGUUCUUCAACCUCGCGAUCUGGUUCCUGGUUGGCAGUUGCGCGACAAUUUUGCUCCACGUUGGGGUUGCCCGCGGAUCGUGGGGCUGGGCAGUCAUAUUACAGGUGGUGAUCAGUGCUGGUCUUGCCACAGUCCUCAUGCUUCAGGGCAUUGCUGCAACUGUGGUGCUGUUCAUGUACUGCAAAGCAUUUCAUGGGGAGCUUCCGUUUGAGAUUGCCGAGGAAUUUGCAGGGGACUACGUGAGCUUGCCUUUCGACGAGAAGAAGCUUCCCUAUGUUGUUUAUGUCACUUGAGGUGGAUUUCUCCGUGAACAGUAUUCCCGCCUAAACUAGGUGGACCUUGCUGCAGUUUUGGGCCUGCAUUGGUUGACGGAAUGGGCCUGCAUUGGUAUACGAAAAUGGCCUGCUUUGGUGUCUAUUCGAAUCUCCUUUUUUGUUUUAUGUCCACUCAUUACAAUCUUUCAUAAAGUUACAUUGAUAACAUAAAUUUGGUGGCUCCAUAAAGGUGGUUUUAAAAAUAACUUACUUUGUGUCAAUUCAAUCUAUUUUAAAGAUUUUUAAAAUCCUCCUAUACACAAUGAUAAGAGGAGCGGCGUGCAAAGUACUUGAGUGUGCUUCAUUGAAAUUCAAAUUAAAAAAUAGAUGUUGUGUGGCUCAAUACUUUCUUUUCCUAAAAAGACGUGAUUUACUUUAUGUCAAUUUAUGGAUUCUAGAAAUCUUUUAUUGGGACAUGUGUUUUAUACUUUACAGCCUAUAUGUGUACUUAUUCACUAAAAACUCAUUGUUAAG